CCGGGUGUGGAAAGAAGUCAGAAGAUUAUAAAACAAUUCAAUUCAUAAAACACGAUGUCUAUUCAAAGAGUCGAUUUUCUGAGUGAAGAUACUCUCCUAUUGGAAAAUGAUGUUAUUGUUGUUGUACAGCCGCGAAAAGGAUCAUCAUGGUAUGCCUCUGUGUUUCUGGUUGUGAACGCUGCCCUAGGGGCAGGCCUCCUCAACUUUCCAGAUGCCUAUCAACAAGCAGGAGGAGUUUUGAUUGCAGUUCUAAUUCAGGCUGUUUUGCUGGUGUUUGUGGUGUGUGCGAUAAUGAUCUUGGCCUAUUGCUCUGACAUCGAUAAGACUCUCACGUACCAGGAUGUUGUUGAAUCUGUGUGUGGAAAGAAUGCCCAGAGAUUGUGUGCUUUUACCAUUAUGACAUACUGUUUUGGAACCUGCAUAACAUUCCUGAUCAUUAUUGGUGACCAGUGGGAAGAAUUUUUCUUGUUUGCGGCUCAUGACUGGUACUGUACAUACAGUCCUUGGUACAUGGACCGCGCCACUUCAAUCUGUGUGUCUUCCAUUCUUCUCGUUUUACCCAUGUGUUUUCCAAAGAGAAUUGACUUUCUGAAAUAUGCCAGUUUUAUAGGGGUGUUGGGAAUCCUCUAUGUUGUGGCUUUAGUCACAAUAAAAUAUUUUCUACCUCAUCCAGAACCAGGACCAAUAGCAGUCAAGCCUGUACAAUGGGAGGAUGUAUUUCUGGUUGUGCCUACCAUUUGUUUUUCUUACCAGUGCCAUGUCAGCAUCAUUCCCAUUUAUUCCUGCAUGGAGAAGCGUUGCCUGAAAGAAUUCUCCAAGACUGUGGCUGUUGCGAUGUUUUUAUGCAUCCUGAACUAUACAGGGACCGCAGCCUUUGGUUAUCUGACCUUUGGAAAUCUGAUCACCACAGACAUAUUGCUGUCCUAUGACCCGGAUAUAUCCGUCAUCAUCGCUGUUCUUUUGAUCGCCAUCAAGACGUACACUACCUACCCUAUUCUUCUAUUUUGUGGCAGGGCUGCCUUUGAUUGCCUAUGGACAGACAUCUUUAAGAUGAGUCCUGACCGGGUGGAGGAGACUGAGUUUAAGCGUCGGAUAAUUGUCACUAUAAUCUGGUUUAUACUGACUCUGGCUUUGGCGGUCUUUAUACCAAACAUCGGCGUAGUCAUACAGAUUCUAGGAGCAUUUGCAGCCAUCUUCAUUUUUAUCUUCCCAGGAAUGUGUGUUGUGUCAGCCGUACAGGAAAAGGUCCAAGUUCAAGGUUACUGGACCACGAAACUAACAGCCAUCACAGCGUUUGCUUGUUUCUUCAUUGUGUUAGGAACUUUCAUUUUUGGAUUAACUUUGUCUCAAUCAAUUAUUAAAGAUGAACACGGUGUCAAGGGAGAUAAGUCUCGCUAUACAUGUUGAUAUUUUUAUUUUACUAGAUUGGAAUCUGUGAUAUUACGUGUUUUAAAAAACAAAGAUUUUUACACUAUGAUUCUUUUAAUGUAAUUUUUAUGGUCCAUCCUUCAUAUUUCAUUAUCAAGAAUGCAAAUGAAAUGUAAUUAAAUCUAGUUUUCGCAAAUAUUAAAGUUGAUCCUUUGCAUAUAAGCCUUGAAUUCUGUUGGUUUUCAAGGUCAUAUAAAAAAGAUUAAGGGGAUUGAAAAAGAAAGUCUGAACAACAAGAAAAUGUAUAAGUUCAAGGAUGAUGGGAUGGGUGGUCAUUUUUUAUUCCAUGUAAAUCAACAAACAUGUUAUAAACCUUUUCUUCAAAAUAUAGACUUCUUAGUGUAAAGCUUUAUCACUUCUCGUUUUCAUGAUUGUCUAAGUUUUACUCCUUCAUUUAGAAUACAUAACUUUUAAGAUAUAUAUAGAAAAGUCAUUAUUUUUAUUUUUGUAUAUUUUCUCAGAAGGAAUGUAUACAGUAUGUGUCUACAUGUAAUUUGUCAUCCUAAAAGGACUUCAGUUAUUUGAAGUAAACUUUACUCUAGUUUUGUGAACAGUUUAUACACAGUUAUCUAAUGUAGAAAGUAUUGGUUGUCUUGACAAAUGACAUGAUCAUAAAUGUACAAUACUUCAAUCACAUGCAGUUUUAAACUUUUGAUGAAAAACUGCAUAUUUUUGCAUCAGUUUCCUUCACACAAAAAUAGAGCACUUUGAAGAACAUGGCUGAGCAACUAUUAGUGUUCCAGUAAAAUCGAUGUAUUCUUUAUGAGCAAGGUGGCCCCAGUGAGCAUUUUAAUUCCUGGGCCUCUUGUUCAAUUCAUCAUCAAUUUGCUAAGACUAUGUAGUGCAAUAGUAUAGGGUUAUUGAAUGUUGAGCUCAAAAUCAACUUUGCAAAUUUUUCAAACCCAAUAUAUACAUGUAAUAUAUAUAAUUAUGAGUUCAAUAACCCUAUAAUACAAUUCAUUGAAAUUUUUUACAAUGCACCCCCUCUUUAUACUACCACUAUGUUCAUUAGGUCAGUUAGAUUACCAUAUAAAAUAUGGUAUCAUAUUGAAAAUGGGUACAUUGUAUGAUGUGUUUGAGAUAUUGGUCAUAUUAUUUUGCAAUAAUGUACAUGUAUAGUGUUAACAGGUGACCGAUAAGUCGUAUCAGCCUCUUGUUUUUAAAUGCAUGUUGUUAACUAAAAAAUAAUGAAAUAUGUAUACUCAUCAUUUUGUCAUAUUUAUAUUUUUCUGAAAAUUCACACAUAUAUUAAAAUGAAAAUAAAUGUUUUGAAAAUUAAAA